AUGCACUAUUUGAAAACUAGUAUCAAGGGAGAAGCCGAGUCAAUUUUGAAACAUAUUCAAAUAACAUCGUGCAAUUAUUUACAUGCGUGGAAUAUAUUGAAAACAAGGUAUGGAAAUAAACGAUUAAUUUUGAACUGUACUAUGAAAAGAUUAUUUAAUGUUAAGAAAAUUAAUGCUCCAUCAGCUGUUCAGUUAAAACAAUUAGUUGACACCACAAGCGAAUGUCUGAACAAUUUAAAGAAUUUGGAUGUCAAUACUAGCUCAUGGGAUCCAAUAAUUAUUUACCUUCUGGUACAGAAAUUGGACUCAGAAACGCACAAAAGUUGGGAAGAACACGCAUACAAAGACGAAGCUGAAGAUUUACCUACAUGGUUAGAAUUCAAAAAGUUUUUGGAAUCAAGGUUUCGUACGUUGGAGCUUAUUACAAACAAUAAUAGUACACGAGAAGUUAAAUCUAUUAAAGAAAGAUCUUUCCAUACUGCCACUGUCGAACCUGCAACAAAAAGAACGUGUGUUAGGUGCAAAGACACACACACCUUGUGUCAUUGCAAGGAUUUCAUAAAAAUGGAACCAACAGAACGAAGAGAGUUUGUGAAGACAAAUGAUUUAUGUUUCAACUGCUUAGUACCAGGGCAUUCAGCAUUAAAAUGUAGGUUACCUGUGUCCUGUAGAAUAUGUCGAAGACGUCAUCAUUCUCUGCUACAUAUCAACAAGUCGGAAGAAUCGUCGGCCACCCCAAGCACCUCUCAACAACCGUCGGUUUCAACACAUGUAGUAGAAGAAGAACAAGUAGAAGUCAACACAAUGAUAGCGUCACAUCUCAGUGCUAAGCAGCAUAUAGCGUUACUAGCGACGGCGGUUGUACAAGCAAGAAGCGAGCAUGGAUACACAGUGCCUCUGCGCGCGCUAGUAGACCCAGGUUCCGAAGCAGCAUUUAUAAGCGAGAAAGCGGCUCAAUUAUUAAAGCUCGAAAGACAAUCAGUUAAGGGAAGUGCUACGGGAGUAGGAGGUACAAGAGUUAUGUUCAAGCAUGUGGUACAGCUCAAUAUAAGUUCACGGUGGGAUCAAAACUUUAGAAUGCCAAUUCAAGCCUACGUGAUGUCGAAACCACUUACCACAAGUAUACCUUCUGAAACAAUACAACCAAGAAACUGGCCUCAUAUCGCGGGUCUUAAUCUUGCUGAUCCUGAUUAUUAUACACCUGGUUCUGUAGAUCUACUCCUUGGCGUCAAAGAAUACGUGCAUAUUAUUGAAGAAGGUCUAAUUAAAGGACCAAUCGGCACACCUAUUGCACAGAAAACCAGUCUUGGAUGGAUUUUACUGGGAGAUAACGAUAAGAAAUCUCAAAGAACAACGUUCUUAGUAACGCAUCAACAGGUUGAUGUUGAAGAUAUGCUGAAAGUUUUAUGGGAAAUAGACACUGAAAAAGAAAGAAAAUUAACAAAAGAAGAACAACUUUGUGAAGAGAUUUAUGAGAAAACAACUACCAGAAACGAAGAGGGUAGAUAUAUUGUAAAGCUACCAUUUAAAACAGACAAUCCUAAAUCUCCAGAAGGGAAAACCAGGGAUAUUGCUGUCCAGAGAUUAAAAUACUUAGAAAGAAAAUUUAAGAGAUCCCCAGACUUGAAAAGAGAAUACACAAAGGUUAUUAAUGAAUACAUAGAUAAGGAAUACAUGGAGAUGAUACCUGAGAAGGAAAGAGAAACAAAAAAGAGUGUCUACUUACCACAUCACGCUGUUAUUCGUCAGGAUAAAGAAUCUUUUCGCACACGAAUAGUGUUUGAUGCAUCUUGUAAAGGAGUGAAUAACAUUUCCUUAAAUGAUGAACUCCAUGUAGGACCUCAAUUGCAAGAAGACCUAAGAAAUCUUUUGAUGCGAUGGCGAAUGAAACCUGUGUGCUUUGUUGCAGAUAUACAAAAAAUGUAUUUUCAAGUGUUUGUGACCAAGGGUGACUCUGAUUACCAACGAGUCCUUUGGAGAACAAAUGAUACUGAUGAAUUUGAAGAGUAUCGGCUACUCAGAGUCAGUUUUGGAACAGCAUCAGCACCAUAUUUGGCGGUGAAGACACUUCAGAGAGUGGCAAAUGAUGAAGGGAAUGAUAAAGCACUUGCAAUUAGAACCAUACACGAAGAUUUCUACAUGGAUGACAUGCUUUCAGGAGCAGAUACGGUUGAAGAGGCAAUAACAUUAGCCAGAGAUGUCACAAACAUAUUACAAAGAGGUGGAUUUGUUUUAACCAAAUGGUCAUCCAAUGAUGUACAGUUUAUGAAGUCUAUUGAUGAAAACAAGAGAUCAGCAAGUGCACAGGUAGACUUAAAUCUAAAUGGUACUAUAAAAACACUGGGCAUCAUAUGGAAUCUAAGAACUGAUACUUUUGAAUACAAGUUUACUUUACCAGAAAAUACCAAAUCUAUAACUAAACGUGGAAUUUUAUCAGAUUUGCAAAAGCUCUUUGACCCUCUUGGUUGGGUUGCCCCUAGUAUUGUAAACGCAAAAAUAUUAGUACAAAAGCUAUGGUUAGAAAAGGUAAAUUGGGAUGAUGAAAUAAGUAAGCCUUUAGCAGAAGAAUGGAGAGAAAUUAGAUCAGAUUUUAAUAACAUAAACCAAAUAAAAAUCGAGAGAUGGUUUGGCACAACUAGUGCUGACAAAGAUACAAUACAGAUUCAUGCUUUUAGUGAUGCUUCAAUGCGUGCUUAUGGGGCUGCUGUUUAUUUGAGAAUUGUAUGUAACGAUGGUAAAGUAAAAACAAAACUUAUAGCCGCUAGAACCAAAGUAGCACCAUUGAAAACAAUUUCAUUGCCAAGGUUAGAGCUUUGUGGUGCUCUUCUUUUGUCCAGACUCAUGAAACAAAUCGGACAAGCUAUGAGAAUACCUAAAUCGCAGAUGUACGCUUGGACCGAUGCUCAAAUUGUUUUAGCAUGGUUAUGUGGAGAACCUAAUCGUUGGAAACCUUUCGUAGCAAAUAGAGUUGUUGAAAUCUUGGACAAUUUGAACAAUGAACACUGGAAUCACGUACAAUCACAUGAAAAUCCUGCCGACUUAGUAUCUCGAGGAGUCUUGCUCUUGGAACUAAAGGAUUGUGAAUUGUGGUGGUCAGGACCCAAAUGGUUAUCUGAAACAGAAAUAAAUAUAAGAGAAAAGAACAUAAUUACAACAGAUAUUGAUAUGAAAACAAAGCAAGUUAAUACUUACCUUAAUACAGAAGAUUUGCAAGAAAAGAAAGAUAGCAUAAUUUUACAAUUUGAACAAUUUGAUGACUUAACUGAAUUAAUAAAGGGGAUAACGUACUGUAAAAGGUUUCUCAAUUAUAAGAAAAAUUUUAGAGAUUUACAACAGAAUGAAAUUACUACCCUAGAACUAGAACAAUCAUUGAACAUUUGUAUAAAACUUAUACAAAAAGAAGAAUACACAGAUGAAAUAAGUAGAUUAAAGCUAAAUAAGCAAGUUAAGAAAGGAAGUUCUAUUAGAACACUCAAUCCGUAUUUAGAUGAUAAUAAUAUACUUAGGGUGGGCGGUCGUCUCAGACAUACGAACUUGCCUAAUGAUAAGAAGCAUCCAAUUAUUCUCGGAAACAAAAAUAUAUUAACAAAGUUUAUUGUUGCUGAUGCACAUAAGAAAACCUUGCAUGGUGGUGUAGAGUUGAUGCUUGCUUAUAUAAGAAGUAAAUAUUGGAUUAUAAGAGUGAAGUCUGUAGUCAGAAAACAUAUACAUAAAUGUCUACUGUGUAUGAAACUAAGAGCCAAAACAAAAGCACAGAUAAUGGGAGACUUACCUGAACAAAGAGUAACUCCGACUAGACCUUUCUUGCACAGCGGGGUAGACUUUGCAGGUCCAUUUACGAUUUUGAUGUCGAAAGGUAGAGGAAACAGAACUACGAAAGCUUAUGUUGCGAUAUUUGUAUGCAUGUCUACUAAAGCGAUUCACAUAGAGUUAGUUAGUGACCUUUCUACGGAAGCAUUUUUGGGGGCUUUUCGACGUUUUGUUGCUCGAAGAGGAAAGUGUAGUCACAUCUGGAGUGAUCAAGGUCGCAAUUUUGUUGGUGCUAGUAAGGAGCUUAUAGAUGCCUGGAACAAGACACUUAUACAGUCCACUCGAGAAAUCGCAAGUAUUUUACUUACCGAAGGCACCCAAUGGCAUUUCAUUCCUGCAUAUAGCCCAACAUUCGGCGGCCUGUGGGAGUCCGGUGUAAAGUCCAUAAAGUAUCACCUGCAAAGAAUACUAAUUACCAACCUUACCUAUGAGGAGAUGACGACAAUCUUGUGCCAGGUGGAGGCCUGUUUGAACUCACGUCCACUAUGUCCUGUAGAUAGCGCUGAUCCAGAUAAUUUAGAUAUACUUACACCAGGACAUUUCUUGAUUGGAGAAUCACCCAUCGUUGUACCUUCGCCUGACUUAAAAAAUGUCAAAAUACAUACCUUGUCACGUUGGCAGCAUACUCAAAAGCUCAUGAAUGAUUUCUGGCGCCGCUGGCAAGAUGAAUAUUUGAAUCGAUUACAACAACGCCCGAAGUGGCAUAAAAUAGAAGAAGAAUUUAAAGUAGGAGACAUUGUUCUCAUAAAAACUGAUAAUUUACCGCCUGGGAAGUGGUCAUUAGGAAGAAUUGUUGACAAGCAUCCGGGAGAUGACGGUUAUACAAGAGUUUAUUCUAUAAAGAGUGGUAACACUAUUACUAAAAUAACUGUUACUAAACUGUGUGCUUUACCUAUUGAUUCUUCUUAAUUUGUUUACAGUUUUAGUCUUGCUAGCCCACAAAGUUAUUUUGAUUUUAAUUUUUUUAUGUUUGCAUCUUAACAACAACUAUUUUAUUUUGCGUUUGUAUAAGUAAUACUUGCUAUUGAAUUAUAAAAGGACCUGAAGUCCUUUUGGUGGGCGGCAUGUUGUCUAUUAAACUUACCUUUUUUUUAUAAAACAGAACGUCAAACGUAAUGAUGUUGUCAUGUAGUUUUUCGUAAAGAUUGAAUCAGUCACAAUACAUUUUUGCACCUUUCCACAAUUUGUUUGACUCAAUAUUCCUAGCAAUUACCCAAGAAACCUCAUCAUCUUUCCAUCCUGGUUU